AUGUCACGAGCCACCAACUCGGAGCGCAGCCCGUUGCUGCGCAUCCAGAGCCGCCAGAGCGACGCGCCCUCGGUUUCCGUCGCCGACGUGGCCCCGAGCACCUUCCAGGUCACAGCUGUGUGUAUGAUGCUCGUGGUCACGCACCAGGUUGCGUCGCUGCUGGCCGCGCUCGCUGCUGCCGACCUGAACCAGGCGGCCGUCUGCCGCAGUCUCGACGGCCACGUCCCCGAUCCAACCAACGACGAGCGCUGCAGCGACCCUACGCUGUUCUCGGAGCUCGCCAGCCUUUUGGGCGUCGAGGCGGUACUGGCGACGGCAAUGUCAAUUCUAGCGCCCAUUCCCAUUGGUGUGGCCGCGGAUCGAUACGGCCGUCGACCGUUUCUCGUCCUGGCGCUUGUUGGUAGCGCGCUCAAUGUUGGCUCUCGACUUUUAAUCUAUGGAUUCCCGCAGGUCUUUCCGCUCAGACUCAUCUGGCUCUCGGCCUCAUUCGAGCUCUUUACUGGCGGAAGCUCUGCCUUUUUUGCCAUCAUCUACACCAUCCUUACGGAUGUGACUUCGAAAGCGCAACGCUCGACAAGCUUUUUCUACCUGGCGGCAGCCAGCGUACUCGCCACUCAGAUCGGCCUUAAACUGAUGGGCCUUAUUCGCGACAAGCUUGGGCCCUGGGCUGCGUUGUUCACUGCCUUUGGCUUCUUUGUUUUCGCAAUUCUGUGCGCCUUUUGCAUACCCGAAACGAUUUAUCUGAACAAAACAGUAUAUUACGACGAAGCCAUCGAAGAAGAACCCUUUACCCAAACCAUGGUGGAAAAGAUCCGCGCCGUCAUACCUGCCGUGUACAAGCAGGUUACUACAUCCAUGGCCGCCCUUUUCUGCCGCAACAAGACAAUUGCCAUUCUCUUACUGACAGUACUUGUGAUGGAGCUCAAGGCGCACUCCAUGGCUAUGCUACCCUCGUACAUUGACUAUCGCUACAGACUGGCUACUGGCAAAAUCAUCUCAACCCACGCUGUCGAAAACCUGUCCAAUUUUCUCCUCAAUGCGCUUCUAUUACCUCUGGCGGCACACGCCCUGCUGCACUUCAAAUUUUCUGGCCUGCGCAAGGACACGGCUUUUGCUCGUUGGGGUGUUGUGGCCGCUGCCAUCGGUCUCCUUGGGAUUGGACUGGCUCCGAGGAUGGGAGCUUUGCUGGCAGGUCUGAUUGUAUACGCCUUGAUCUCCGCCUACUAUGGCGGCAUACUGGGUCUCUUAUCGCAGCUGACCACAGAGGACCAUGUGGCGACCAUGUUUGCGACGACCAGAGUCCUGGCGACAUUAGGAAGCUUACUGAGUCAACCUAUUUUCUACAUUCUGUUCUUGUCCGGUCCGAAUUGUGCAAAGGCGUGGUGCGGGCUGCCGUAUAUUGUGGUUGGAUGCACUUAUAUAUUGGUGGCCGUUGUCGUAUUUGCGGUGACGUCUGGCACAGCGCGAGAAGAAGACUACAGUGAACGAGACUAG